AUGGAUCUUGAUCUCUUCGAUGCGGAGCUGGAGCUCAUCAAGCGCCACUACCUCGGCAUGAAGGCCCAGCGGUGGAAUGCUGAUGACGACACCAUGCGCGGCGACAACAACCCGUUGUACACGAAGCGCCUGGAGCCUCAACUGUUGUUCGGCCGUGGCUAUCGGGCCGGAAUCGAUGUGCGAGAACAGCGCAAGAACAACAGUUUCUAUGAAGAGCUCAUUGCCAAGCGCGCCGAGUACUCCGGAGAGGAUGUGUCCGCCUUCGUCCAGCCCUCGAAGGAGCCUUUGUCCUUCAAGCAGCGAGACAUUGAGGACAAGGACAUCAACAAGACCCACUGGACGGAGAAGCCGGUGGCUGAGAUGACGACCCGCGACUGGCGCAUCUUCCGUGAGGACUUCCAGAUUUUCAUUCGCGGCGGCCGCGUGCCUGUGCCGAUGCGAGUAUGGUCGGAGGGUCCCUUGCCGUGGGAGCUGUUAGAAGCCGUCCAGAAGGUGGGCUAUGCCAGGCCAACACCGAUUCAGAUGCAGGCCAUUCCCAUUGCCUGCCAGUGUCGAGAUCUGAUUGCUGUGGCAGAGACUGGAAGUGGCAAGACGGCGGCCUACAUUCUGCCUAUGCUGUCUUACGUUAAGAAGCUUCCGAAGCUGGAUGACACCAGUGCCCAGGACGGACCCUAUGGCAUCGUGCUGGCACCAAGUCGAGAGCUUGUGAUCCAGAUUGAAGAGGAGGCUCGGAAGUUCGCCGCCUUCUGCGAUUGCCGCAUGGUCAGCGUGGUGGGCGGCAGAGAUGCCGAGCAGCAGGCUUUCACUCUGCGACAAGGUGUGGAGAUAUGUAUGGCCACGCCUGGUCGUCUUUGCGACUCGUUGGACAAAAGGCAUACGGUGCUCAACCAGUGUACAUAUGUGGUCAUCGAUGAGGCCGACAAGAUGGUGGACCUCGGAUUCGAGGACUACGUCCGCCGUGUGUUGCUGGCCAUCCCAGCCUCAAACAUGAAGGCGGACAAGGAGGAUGAUGCCGAAAAGCAGGAGGAGGACGCCAAAGUCGGAAAGAGGAAGUACCGAAUCACUCAGAUGUUCAGUGCGACAAUGCCGCCAGCCAUUGAGCGCAUGGCCCGCAGCUUCUUGCGGUGCCCGGCGAUCAUCAACGUCGGUGACCCAGGUCAGGCAAAGAAGGACAUCGAGCAGCAGCUGGAGUUCAUCAGCGAGGCCAAGAAGAAGAAGCGGCUGGAGGAAAUGCUGGUGGGCGCAGAGCCUCCUAUCAUCGUGUUUGUUAACCAGAAGAAGGCUGUGGAUGUGCUGUCCAAGUCUCUUGACAACAAUGGUUACCGUGUUUGCUCCAUCCAUGGUGGCAAGAGCCAGGAGCAACGAGAGUGGGCCAUGAACUCCUUCAAGGAGGGGAGGUACGACAUUUUGGUGGCUACCGAUGUUGCUGGUCGCGGCCUGGAUAUCGAGGGCGUGCAGCGCGUGAUCAACUUCGAUAUGCCGAAGACGAUCGAGGACUACACCCACCGAAUCGGACGAACGGGCCGUGCGGGUUUGAAAGGCUUGGCGAUCUCCUUCGUCACGCCGGAGGACUCCGAAAUCUUCUACGACCUCACCAACUUUCUCAAGAGCUCCAACCAAGUGGUGCCUCCGGAGUUGGCCUCACAUCCCGCCUCAAAGUUCAAGCCGGGCACGGUCAACGAGCAUGGUCAGGUCAUGGGCCGCAAGUUGGUCGACCAAGUUGUCUUCGCGAAGAAAUGA